AUGCCACGCGCCCCUCCGAGAUCACAGCAUCAGAAGGGCUUUCAUGAACGCUUCGGUGGAAAGUACUACCGGUAUCGCGAUCGAGAGCUCGAGUCCGCACGGAGAAGCCUAGUCACGGUUGAAGUCACUGAAAUCACCUCAGAGUCCGAAGAUAACAGUUCUGAGCCCGACCGAAAGCCCGACACCCCACAGACACCGCCAGUCACUGUCAAAGUCACCGAACUCUCCCUAGAGUCUAAUGAUGACAGUCAAGAGCUUGACCAAGAGCCCGAAGCUCCACUACCAGCGCCAUUCAUGAUCCAAGUCACCGAACUGUCCCCGGAGUCUGACGAUGACAGUCGAGAGUGGGCACACGAGGCGGGCCCAGAGCCCGAGACCCCACGGACACCGGCAGUCACGAUGCGAGCCGCUGACCUCCCUCCUGGGGCACAGCCAGUCACAGUUCAAGUUACUGAAGUCCUCUCAGAGGCUGACGAUGACGGCCAAGCUCCCGACCGAGAGCCCGAGGCCCCCCGGACACCGCCAGGCACGAUUCACGUCAGUGAACUAUCUCCAGUGUCUGACGACGCCAACACCACCCGAGAAGACGCCGCACUGCAAAGCCCGGACAUCAGCCCGGAGGGAUCGGUACAACAUGUGGAGUAUGCUGGACCCUCAUCGCCGGAGUUUGAAUCGGGAUUUUCGGAUAGCGAUCUCACCUCGCAGAACUCAGGGGAUCCUGACAUUCUAUCACCGAUCACAAGUGUCAGUAGUCCAGGAGCGGAUGACGAUCCCCUCCGUGACGCAAGUGGGGAGAUGCUAGAUGAAUUGGAUGGUUUCCCGCCUUUGACGAGGGUUAAAACCAGAGUUCCACAGGAACCGCGUGCGGCGAUCAGCAAUCCAGGAGCGGAUAAGGAUGCCCUCGGUGACGCAAGUGGGGAGAUGCUAGAUGAAUUGGAAGAUUUCCCGCCUUUGACGAGGGUUAAAACGAGAGUUCCACAGGCAGCGCGUGCGGCCUCGCCCAGGCCCAAAGCAGUCCGGUUUACGGAAUCCGAGGAGCCGCAAACCUCAAUGGUGGCCCCAUUAGCAGUGAAUGACCACGAAGUGACGGGAUCUGAGUGUCUUCACGCCCUCGCAAUGCUGUGUCGCUUCUCGGAUGCGGGUAAAACCAGCAAUCGCCACUCACAGCUGCGUAUGUACGACCGCAUUGCGAGCUUAUUCGUUACCGAUGCUUUCGAGGAUGAAGCGGCUGUUUGGAUUAGCCUCACUCUACCGGGUACCGCCGAAGAACAUCGCAAGACGGUGGAAGCCGGCAAACGGAGCGGGUAUGCUAUAGAGGUUGUUUAUGCCAAGGACCGACCUGCAACCGAUAAGGAGAAAGCAUAUUAUAAUGAUAUGGCAGGGGAGCUCAUGAGUAUGAAUCGGUACAAUGAGGAGACGGUACGGGAGAAUAUGCUCAGCUUGGUUCUCAAAAACUGUCAGCCGAGGAUACACGUCAUGUAUCGAGAUCUGAAAAGGGCGUUACGGCGACUCAGUUCGAUACAACAGAUCGUGCUGAAGCUGUCUGAAGACCAAUCGCUGAUGCUACGGUCGAGAUUAAUUGAAUAUACCAGACAACGAGCGGCACCUUUCAUGACUAUGGAGGAGAGCUGUAUAGCCUGGCUCAACGAGAUAGCAUACGAGAAUGCAGUGCCGAAGUUCUUCCUUCAGGAAUGCUGGUGCUUUUCCUAUUUUACUGGCUAUUUGAUAAAAGAUACAGAGAUAAAUCUUAGGAUCUACCAACUGUCGAGAUACUUUCAGGCGAUUAAGUGGAUGAUGAGAAUGAUUACGCGGGGGCCUCCAUCACGACUUACAAUAACGGAGAUUCUGGCGCCUGCGCCUCCAAACUUCGUGAAGUUUCCCAGUGUCAUGAGCAUCCUCGAAAAAAAGGCUACAGUCGAUGAAACCUGCACCCGUCUCACCGUUGAGGGUCUCCUAAACACGUUUCCCGGCAUAACCCUCGAUGACCUUACCCUAGGCGACGACCCCGCACUCUACAAUCCCCCCAGGUUGAAUCCCGGAGGCAAACCCGUGAUCGCAAUCGAGGCACCAACAAGACGAGGAAACCGCACCAGAGUCCGCUGUUGGCAACAUGCCGAGGUAACACUAAUCUGCGAGCUCGUCCGACGCUCCGAGCUGGAUGGCUUAGCCAACGAGAGAAUUCCCGCAAUCCGUCGCUGGUGUCCCAUCGGAUACUCCAGCACCUCGUGUUGGGCGUGUGAAGGCUUCCGAUACCACAUGAACAUCAAACAGAGCAGAAUCCUGAUCUCCGAGCUCCCCGGUGGCCUCGAGAUUAUAUCUGGGUGGACACCGCCCUUGGCUCACGACGGCCCAAUUGCUGCCGCAUGCGACCGUCUAAGGAGGAAUAUUCAGCGUCAGUUCAGGAUCUUCUAUGGGGACAUGGUACGGCAACAGAACGAGUACGUCGAUACACUGCGGGGCAAGGCGAAGGAAUCGGAGAAAAAGGCUAGGCAGCGGAGAUUGAGAGAUGCACUAAUGCAGAUGACAGCUAUCGUUCAGGAGAGGUCUUUGGCAUUCAAUGUGGAGGUGAUGCCGACUAUUGCGGAGAGUGCGGAAGAUUAA